AUGGACUUGAAGGGACUCAUAUUUGGCCACAAAAACAGCAGCAAAGCAGCAAAACAGCAAAGCAGUCAACUAUUCUUACCUGUCUGGAGCAUUCAUCUUGCUGCGGUUGAAGAUGUAUCAAUAUCUGAGAAAAGGAGAAAGUAUCAAAAACGCCGGCCCAGGAAGACUCAGGAAGACUCUGCAGACUGCUCUUCCACCCGAGGAUGA